AAGGCGGGCGGUGCACAGGGGAAGCGCGGCUGUCUCUCUUCCAACAAGGAGAAAUCAUUCUGAGCAUUGCGAAAUGCAGGCGUCGCGGUCUUGAUCCUUCCCAGGCGGCGGCGAGAGCGCUUCCCCCGAGGGGGGGUCCUCCUUUGGGAAGGCAAGCGGCUCCGGGAAGUUCUUUAUAUCGCAAACUGUCCGGCCUAGAAACGUCUUCCGGAAGCCAUUGGAACAUCAUACCUUUUUAGGACAGCCAUCCCCUUGGCGGGGAUGCUUUUUCAAAAAGGACAGGUUUUAGGUUUCCAGCAUCCCAUGAAACAUAACUUGUAGGAUUAGCCAGUCAAAAUAAACUUCUGAGCAUCGAGGGCCAGCACCUGGACUUCAGAGUACCAGCCGGCACUUAGCCGGGGCUUCUGGUUCAGGUGGCCCUGAGAUGAAGACGGACAUGGAAAAGAGUUCGGAAGCCUCCGGGAAGGUUCCGCGCAUCGUCCAGGUGAUGUAUUUCAAAGAACCCCCAAGACCAUCUGCGAACCAGCAGCCGGAGCAGAGUUUGAACCAGGUGUGGGAGGCCCAGUGGCAGCAGUUUCUCCGGACGGUGCAGCACUCUCACGCCGGAUGGGGCAACACACAGCUGACGGAUGCAGCGCCCUGGGACAACACCAGAGCUUUCCUGGCCGCCUUUGAGCAAGUGGCCGAUGCUUGCCGGUGGCCUAGAGAGGAGUGGGUGGGCCGGCUGCUGCCAGCCCUCAGGGGAGGCAUGGAGCAAAUCUAUUGCCGGCUGGAUGCCCGCGAGAGGGGGGACUACGUGAAGGUUAAAGCAGCCCUCUUGCGAGGGGACGCCAUGCGGACGGAGUCCAAGCGGCUGCACUUCCGGCAGUGCUGUUACCAGGAGUUCGAAGGGCCGCGUCGGAUUUACGGCCACCUGCAGGACCUGUGUCGUCAGUGGCUGAAGCCGGAGCACCGCACCAAGGAGCAGAUCCUGGAGCUCAUAAUCCAGGAGCAGCUUUUGGCCAUGCUGCCUCCAGAAGUCCAGAACUGGGUGCGGGAGUGCGCCCCAGAAGACUGCGUUGAGGUGGUGGCGCUGGCGGAGGACUUCCUGAUGGGCCGUCAGUCAUCCAAGAUGUGGGAAUGGCCGGGGCUUGCGAAUUUGAAGGAUAGGAGUGAGGCUUUGGCGAGGGGUGGCUGGACUGCAGUAAAUCCUGAUCAAAAGCCCUUGCACUGGGAAGUCGCACAAGGGACCUAUGGGAAUGUCAGCAGUUCCGAAGGACUCUUGGUUCCCACACCGGAUAUUCUCCCCCAGCCUGACCAAGAAGGAUUUGUCUUCUCCCAUAUUACUGAGACAGGGGAAACUAUUUCAAGUAUUAUUCCAGGUAUUCAUCCAGGAGAGGGCAGAAUUCUGAGCGAGAUCAAAAUCGAGAGUUACGAGGACGCGGAUUCAGAGGCAGGAGGCUCGUUUGAGGCCUUGACGGACUACUCCCCGGAGGCUGAUCCAACGAGUCCUGAGGCGUGUGAAGAGAGUCCCAGGAGGAAGCUGCGCCCGAGGGAACCGCAAGGCGGGAAGCAGGAUGGAUCCGCGCAGCUCCGCGGGAAAAGUCCCAUUCCGGCAACAAGCAAAAAGCAGAAGGAGAAGAAACACCAGUGUACAGAGUGCGGGCAUCGCACCUAUUACUUGUCGGACCUGCUGAGGCACAUGAACUCCCACAAUGGGAAAAGGCCCCACCGGUGCUCUGAGUGCGGGAGAACUUUCUCAAAGCUGUCCUCUUUCGAGCUUCACCAGAAGAUGCACGUACCCGCCAGCAGGCUCAGACCUCUGAGGAAAGCCUUAAGCCAUCAAGGGGAGGGCAACCACGUCGUUUCCAAGCGUGGGAGGAGACCGGCCACCCCCCUUCCCCUUGCCAAGCCUACGGAAGUUGAUGCAGGAGACAGAUCUUACCAAUGCGAGGACUGCGGCCUAAGCUUUCGGUGGAUGUCGAGCCUGUGUAGGCACUGGAGAAUCCGUGGCUGCCGCAGGAAUCAUACAGGUCGGUUCAAGCGUGGGGCCAUUGGAGAAAGCAGACGCCGUGGUCACCCGGGAAGGACUGAAUCAAAAGACGGGCUCGCAACGUUGCUAGAAAAAUCCCCAGGCGCCUUUUCGCGGGCUCCCAGGGCUUGCAAGCUAACUCCCACCUACUCCAGGCUGCGUCCGAGGAAGCCUCAAGUGGACGGCCCGGUAUCAUCUGAGGUGGAAUCAUCAGCAGGUCAAGAUAGGAGAAAGCACGUUUGCCCAGAAUGCGGGCGGAGAUGUACAAAGUUAUCAGACCUCAUUGGGCACAUGAGGAUCCAUACGGGCGAAAAACCCUACCAAUGCCAGAAUUGCGAGAGGGCUUUCAGAUGGUCAUCGAACUUCUUAACACACCAGCGAAAAUGUCACAAGAAGAAACCGGCUCCCAGUACCCCUCUUGUGGAACAUCAGGGAACACACAUAGGCGACGAACCACUGUGUAAAGUGAAGCAGGAAGAGAUCAAAACAGAAGAUGAGUAUGGUGUGUGGCCAGGAGAAAGCCCAGGCGCCCUUCCUCCCGAGGCCAGGUCCGCCUUAAUGGCGCAGCCCAGCGAGCAUCAAGGCGGGGGACAGGGGAAGUCUGUCCCACCCAGCAGAGGCAGCUUUUCCGUAAAGAAACCGACGGGCUAUACAAGAAAGAAGAGAUACCCAUGCCUGGAAUGUGGACGCAAGUUCCUGAGGUUAUCCAACAUGCUUCUCCACACACGGGUCCACAGUGGGGAGAAACCCUACGAAUGCUACGACUGUGGGAAAACAUUCCGGUGGGCGUCAAACCUUUCUGAGCACAAGAAAAGUCACAAGUGUUUUCAAAAGGAACCCGCUCCUAGCACCGUUCUGGCAGAAUGUGACGUAAUACUGGAAGACGAAGAAGAGUUGAUCCACAUCCUGGAGAGGGAUUUUCAGAAGGGGGCAAUCGAAUCGGGAGACUUGGUUGGGACAUUGCCAGAAGAGUCCCAAGAUGCUGCCUCUGACGGCGUGGAGGAUCGUAAAGUCAGGGCCACCCCAAAGCUGCGUCCAAGGGGGCGCCCGGGCGUGUCCGCCCAGCGUCUGAAAACGGCCGCGGUCGUGAAGAAAAAUAAAUACGGCCAAAAGGAAAAGAAACACAAGUGUACCGUCUGUGGGCACAGAGCCUAUUACUUGUCCGAUCUACUCAGGCACAUGAGAGUCCACACGAGGGAGAGGCCCUACAAGUGUCUCGAGUGCGGCAAAACCUUCACGCAGAAUUCGGCCCUUCUCUUUCACCAGAGAAGGGACUCGUGCGGCGGUGAUUCCAGCGGCAGGAAGGGCCUCGUGAAGAGUGUUGCAGCCCCCCGCAAAGGGAAUCCCAGAGGCAGGAAAAGAGCUCAUAAAUUAGCAGGCCUCGUUAAAGGGAAGCGAGGCUGCCCACAGAAGGAGAAGCUCUACGUAUGCGAAGAGUGCGGGCAAAGCUUCACGUGGAGUUCGAACCUCUGCAGGCACCGGAAACUCCACCAGGCCAGGAGUAACACGUCGGAUGCAGGCAUCAGUAAGCCGAGCAAGAUGAUGGUAGAGAAUUCUCCACAGGCAAGAGCCGCUCUGAAGAGAAUGGGAAGUACGUCGGCGGAAAUAACCCCCGGGGUCGCUUCCGUGACGGUGGUGAUUAACGACGGAGGCUGGAAGUCCAAGAACCAGCCCGGUAAGAAACUGGCGGCAGGCAACCUAGCGGUGAAGGGAGCGACAAAAGCGGGGAAAUCCUUGUACUCAAAAAGCGGGGCGGCAUAUCGCUACACCUCCGGACACGUGACCGCUCAGAAGACCCCCGCCAAAAAGAAGCACCAGUGUAAAGUGUGCAACAAAUCUUUUUCGGUAAAAUGUCACCUCAUCGAUCACGGAAACAGCCACACAGGAGCCAAACCGUAUGAAUGUGACGAAUGCGGGAGGCGCUUUGCUUGGAAGGCUAAGAUGUACCGCCAUAAGAAAAUUCACACCGGAAAGAAAUCCUAUCAUUGCCCGGAGUGCGACAGAUCCUUCUAUCGGAAAGACAACUUGAUGGUCCACCUGAAAUCUCACGGCUCCUCCUGUGCGUAUCAGUGCUUGCAGUGUGGCAGGCGGGUCAGCGGGAGGGAACAGCUGUUCAGGCACCAGAGGAGCCACGCGGGACUGCACCCUUACGAGUGCGAGGAGUGCGGCCAGGGUUUUGGCCAGAAAGAGAUUUGGAUUCGACACCAGCAAAAACACAGAGCAAAAAAGUGAUAUGAGCGAGCAGAGGCCGGAGUAGAUUUAUAAAGAUGUUUGCAUGUGUUGUAAUAACUGCCUCUGUGUCCCAUCCCACUUCUGAACUCAUGAAGUUUCCCAAACUUAACGUGGGCCUUCCCAUCCUCUAACGGUUAACCAGCACUUCAACAGUGUUCCCUGCUCUGUUCUUUGGUAAACUCUUCUACCAAAAUCCCGUUAUCCCGUCUGUCCCUAAGUCUUGUGUGCUGACAGGGUUUGGGGUUGGUUUUUUUUUUUUUUUUUUUUGCUUGUUCCAACUUCUGAGAAGUUGGGAGUGUUCCUGAAGAUUCCGUGAUGCUUUGUCAGCUGAGCUGAUAGCUGGGGAAGCUCCCUGAAGUCAGCGGAAGCCAGAGCCCUUAUUUGUCAAUAGACAGGGAGAAAAUGAACACUGCAGCCUACAUUUACCUCACUUUCAUCACUACCCCUUUACUGGGAGAGAGAGCGUGCACAUGUGAUAGAUACCUUUCGCACUUGCUUUUGUUCUAAUGCCAACAUUUGUCCCCCAGCUAUAGUAAAUGCCCUAAUAUAUUAUCCGAAUCUGGCUUCCUUUUGACACUGAGUUAUUCUGUCAGGAGGAAGGUUUCUUAGAGGGAGGGAGAAGCCCUGUUAAUGGUCAGAAUGGGGCACUUUGAUCGGAAAAGAAGAGUUGUCGGUCAGGCCAAGAUGCUUGGGGACAGCAACACCAUGAUGUACCAGGGAAUCCAUUUGGGAGAGGCAGCUUAUGGAUCACAAUAAGCCCCCCCCCCCCAAACGUGGAUUCUUUUCACAGGCACUC